AUGGAGACGCCGCCUCAGUCGCCUGGCAAUAGCAUCAAAUCGGCGCCCGUGUACGGGCUGCCGCCGCCGGGGCUUCAGUCGCCUCGGCUGACUGUAAACGGCCGUGAUGAUCUGUCAGAGGACGUUCGACCGUCUCUGGCGUCCGCAGUGACUGAACCGCCUCGGCUUCACGGCUUCGCAAGCCCCAUCAGGCAACAUAAGCGCACGCCAAGUGCUCAUCGCGAGAUCAAAGAAACUUUGGACGCCCGUGUCGAAUUCUCUAACGACGAAACAGAUGGCCGGACUCAUCAUCGAAUCAACCAAUAUGUGAUUCAAGAGGAAAUCGGAAGGGGCUCUUACGGUUCUGUCCACCUUGCGACAGAUCAGUUCGGAAACGAAUACGCUGUCAAGGAGUUCUCCAAGGUCCGCCUGCGAAGACGAGCGCAGUCCAUGGCCAUGCGCCAAGGCCCAGGAGCGUCGCGACGGAUGCCUGCCAGGGGAGGUGACUUGCCUCCUCAUCUUGUUGGGCUGCGGGACCGCGAAAAGAGCGAUGCGCUGUUCUACAUCCGAGAGGAGAUUGCCAUCAUGAAGAAGCUCAAUCACCCCAACCUGGCCCAGCUCAUCGAAGUGCUGGAUGACCCCGAUGAAGAUUCUCUGUAUAUGGUCAUGGAGAUGUGCAAGAAGGGGGUCAUUAUGAAAGUCGGCUUGUGUGAACAGGCAGAUCCGUACCCUGAAGAAGAGUGCAGAUUCUGGUUCCGAGACUUGAUAUUGGGCAUUGAGUACCUGCACGCUCAAGGCGUCAUCCACCGUGAUAUCAAACCCGACAACCUCCUGCUAUCAGAAGAUGAUGUCCUCAAAGUUGUCGACUUUGGAGUCUCCGAAAUGUUCGAGAAACCCACCAACAUGACAACUGCCAAAACCGCAGGGUCUCCCGCCUUCUUACCUCCUGAACUGUGCAGCAAGCACGACAAGGUUUCUGGCACAGCGGCAGACAUUUGGUCCAUGGGCGUCACCCUCUACUGUCUCAAGUACGGCAGGAUUCCUUUCAACAGAGAGGCAAUGCUCGAGAUUUACGAGGCCAUCAAGACGGAGGAGCCAGAGUUUCCCAAGGACGAGAAUCCGACCUUUGUCCAUCUCAUGGGCAGACUGCUGGACAAGAACCCAGAGACGCGAAUUACCAUGGCUGAGCUUCGAGAACAUCCCUGGGUGACCAAGGAGGGAACAGACCCUUUACUCUCCGCAGAAGAGAACUGCGCCAACCCUGUCGAGCCCCCGAAUGAGCUGGAGCUUAGCCGGGCGUUUACGAGGAAAAUGAACCACCUCCUGUGUGUGAUGAAGGCCAUCCACCGCUUCAGAACCUCAUUAUCAGCGAGCAGACGCAAAAAUGGCACGCCUCGACCUAUUGAAGAAAAGAAAACGACCAAGCCAACGGACGCAAAGGCAUCGGCUGCCGACAUUGCGGCGCUCAUAACACAGCGGAAGAAACUGCUGCUUGCGCCCGAAGCCGAGGAAGGAAAAACGAAAGGCCAAGCCCACGACAUCACCGACCAAGAGCCGCCAUUCCUGGGCAUCGGUACGGGGGCGAGAGACGCCUUUGCGACGGACGAGAAGACGCCAGACGUCGUGUCAGACUCCCCUACUGCGGUCGACUUCAACGUCUAUGACCGAGCCUAUGAGGAGGCCAUCAAGGAGCGGAUGAAACCGGACCAACUAAACAACCCGAUCCUGUAUCUCACGAAACACAUCAAGGAGAAGGAGUAUUUCAAGAAAUUGGACAACUUGGUGGACGAGGCUUCAGUCUCACCAUCUCCGCUGAAGGCUGUCGGGAAGAAUUCCAAGCAGCUUCUAGACCCUCUCCCUCUCCAUCCGGGCAACAAGUUGGCCGAUAUUGUGUCCAAACUCAAAGUCUCAGAUGGAUCCGAGAAUAGAAGCAAGACAAGAAACCAAAAUUAG